GCUGCGAUGCUGAGGAACGAUUGCAGAGCAGCGGAGUGAAAAUGUGCGAGUGCGUCCCAAACCUGCACCCUGUCAGAGCUCAUCUCUCCGGAGAGCGUGUGUGUAUGUGUGAGUGAGAGUGUGUGUGAGAGAGAGAGAGAGAGGGGGAGAGCCGGGAGAGGAAGACCCCUGUGGGCACUGCAAAACAUUUCUUAAAAAAAAAAGAUCAGGAGAAAGAGAGAUAAGCGGAGGAUAACGCAAAGUACUGUGAUCUUUUUUUUCCUUUAGCUUUCUUGUUUUUUUUUGUUUCUUACGUUUCAAGUGCCACUCAAAGUGUCCUGCGGCAUCUGGUGAAGUUUCCCCUCCUUCCUCUCUUGGCGCAGUACAUCUCAGCCCAAGGGACACAGUGCCUAGCUGCACAUCAUGAAGUGGAACCUGUUCAAGAAGAAGCCUGAGGCCAUGGUGGGCCCUGAGCCCACGGGCCCAGGGGGCACCCACCCACCCAGCACCAUGACCAUGGCUCCUGCCCCUGCCGUCUCCACCACGGCAGACAACUCCACCGAGUCUGGAGGAUCUUCCAUGGACGACAUCUUCAAUAACAUCAGAAACAAGUUCCUCAACGAGAUUGAGACGAUCCCACUGCCGCCAUGGGCUUUGAUUGCCAUCGCCGUGGUGGCCGCCCUCCUCAUCCUCACUUGCUGCUUCUGCAUCAUCAAGAAGUGUUGCUGCAAGAAGAAGAAGAACAAGAAAGGCAAGAAGGGCAAGGAUGGCUUCAACAUGAAGAACAUGCAGGGUGGAGAUAAACAACAGGACGAUGACGACGAAGAUGGAGAAACGGGUCUGACAGAGGAGGAGAAAGAGGAGGAAGAAAAGGAGCAGGAGAAACUAGGAAAGCUGCAGUACUCUUUGGACUAUGACUUCCAGGAUAAUAAGUUGACAGUGGGGAUCUUGCAGUGCGCUGACCUGAUUUCUAUGGACUCUGGAGGAACUUCAGACCCUUACGUCAAAGUCUUCCUCCUCCCCGACAAGAAGAAAAAGUUUGACACCAAAGUGCACAAAAAGACACUCAAUCCUGUGUUCAACGAGACCUUUGUCUUCAAGGUUCCCUACCAGGAGCUGGGAGGAAAGACUCUGGUCAUGUCUGUGUACGACUAUGAUCGCUUCUCCAAGCACGACAUCAUUGGUGAGGUCAAGCUGCCCAUGAACACAGUGGACCUGGGGCAGCCCAUCGAGGAGUGGAGAGACCUGGAAAGUGCUGAGAAAGAAGAGCCAGAGAAGCUUGGUGAUAUCUGCAUCUCACUACGAUAUGUCCCCACUGCUGGCAAGCUGACCGUUUGCAUCCUAGAGGCCAAGAACUUAAAGAAGAUGGACGUGGGUGGACUGUCUGAUCCAUAUGUGAAGAUCCAGCUGCUGCAGAAUGGCAAGCGUUUGAAGAAGAAGAAGACCACAGUAAAGAAAAACACACUGAAUCCGUACUACAACGAGUCCUUCAGCUUUGAGAUCCCACUGGAGCAGAUGCAGAAAAUCCUUGUGGUGGUCACCGUCUUUGAUUAUGACAAGAUCGGUAAGAACGACGCCAUCGGGAAAAUCUUUAUCGGCAGCAAGGCAUCGGGCACGGAGCUGAAGCACUGGUCUGACAUGCUGGCCAACCCACGCCGCCCCAUUGCCCAGUGGCACACCCUCAAAGAGGAAGAGGAGAUAGACGCCACGCUGGCUGGCCUUCACGCCAAGAAGUAACACCACCUCUCUAUAACUCGACUAACCAACUAACCCCCCCUCAACAGCCACCACUGCAUGAACCCUGACCUCCUUUACAUCUACACCAGAUAAUCACACAGUAUCCAGAAAAAUAUACUUGAAAAAGUAAACAGCAUCGCUGAAUGUGAAACCUCCAUGUCUCCAUGUAACCUUUUCACUAUGUAGCGUACAUUUAGUAGAAGCAUGGAGAGUGAAAGGAGAGCCAAAGCAGGUUUCAGAUUGUCAUCCCUGUGCUCUUCAGCAGAGGGAUAUUCGCACUUGAUGGAGGCAUAUGGCCUAAAGCACUGACACAGCAUCGUUACACAAGACAUUUUGUUCUCUGUAGUCAAUUACAUCAACUUUAAACGGAAAAUAAUCUCACUGCAUGUAAGUAAAUUAUUAAUGAGGGCAGCUCCCAAGAGUGAGAAUAUGCUAAAACUACCUGAAGAUAUGAAGAUACUCAUCUGUGUUGGUAGUAUAGGAAGGUGCCAACCAGGCAUCAGAAAUAUAUUUCCAAUAUUUCCAACAUUGAUCUAGCAGCUGCAGUUCGCUAAAUGUUGGGUUAUCUACCAUUUUCAGUACGUUAAAUAUUUAAUGUCGCACUAUUGAGUGCUUUCAACAUGGAUUUGUUCCACUUGAAAAGGGAAAAGCAGCCUAUUCUGUGGUUUACCGGCCGCUCGUUCUGCUUCUAUGAGCUGGCUCAGAGUGCCUGAAUGAAUAUGCGUAAUUAAUCAUCACAAUUUUUCAGCGUUCACGUAUUUCAUGAAUAGUCCCAGGUGUAUUGAAUAUUUUAUUGUAUGAUGAAAUUGUUUACAACGUGUACGAAAACUUUUUCGGGCUGCUGGAUUUGACUUGAGACUUUUAGAUAACAGAGUUGAUUCUGUGAAUGAGAUGCUGAGAAGAUUCAGGGCUAUGUGGAGUGAUUUACAGCUCUCUCUGUUUAUACGCUGUUGAAGAAUAGGCUAAUAAGUGAUAAUAACCAGUUACCAUUUAAUGUUGCAUUAUGUCUAAAAUAAUAAUACUUUUAUUUGUCUGAGGGCUUAAAGAAGGGAUUAUGUUAUUAUUGAUUAUAUUACUGUGCCAAACAUGGACUGACAUCACAUUCAUGAGUUACAUUACAUUGGCCCAUUUUAACAGAUACCAUUUGCAGUAUAGUGAAACUGGCCAAGAAUGCUUAGUGAGAACCGAUCUAUUUCCAUCUGUUGGUACCGGUAUGUACUCUUGAAAGCUUCUAAUCCAUUUUGAUUCCCCUCUUUUCAUCAUCUCACAUACAUUUUAAUACCUCCGGUUAGUCCACUGCCUUGUUUGGAGCAUACAGAUCUAUUCAGUACCACAUCACUCUUUGAAAUGCCAAAGUAACAAUAAUAAGGGACACAGUUCAGUUCAGUGGAGAUGCGAUGAUCAUCGUCCAUUCAUUUUACACUUGAAGGGCAACAUAAGGCGAUAGGCAGCAUUUAAUCCCAGUCCAUCAGUGUGCACUUCUUUCCUCAUAACUGUGCUCUGUACAUAUGCAUUGAUCAACUUUGUUAAUACAGCAUGUAUCUAUAACUUGAUGUACAUAGAAGCAUGUUCUGAAGAUAGAGCAUAAUUAUAUUGUGUAUGUGUGUGGCACUUGUCAUUUUGAUAAUAAAAUGUAGAGGAAAAAUGCACUGACUGCACAUUUUAUUAAAUUUUCCCAGAAUGGGUGUAGGACUGAAUGUAAAUCUAGAGCUAUAUUAAUAGAGUCUUUCAGGUUACUUUUAUUGCCUGAAUCUGAAGAGUGCUACUAUGAGCUGUGUUAUCCAAUUAGAGUCCAUAUUUGCUGUUUAAUCUGUAAUUUGUUCGUUUAUUCAUGUGCUGAUUAUGUUUUCUCUAUGUUUGUUCACUUGUUAACACUUCUGUGUCCAUUUAAGUGUGAUAUUACGUUUGGGCCCACAAUAUUCUGCUCUUACUUUGGUUACAGGGGGACUCAGCAGAUGUUUUCUAAAUUUCUGCAUAAAUGAAUGGCCAAGAUGUGAACACAGUCAUUCACAGUGGUUUGGUGUGAAAUGCUCUGUUCUAGAGAAACUUAGUCAGAAUUGUUCUCAGUGGUGGUGAUAGGAACCAGACAUCUGAAGCAUCUUUUAAUGCUUGUAAAAGCCAACUUGCAGAAAGUUAUGACAUGAAAUGGUCACAGAUACAUUGCCUGAGGCCUAUAUGAUACAUUUGAGACCAGAUAUUUGGCCUAAAAUGUACUUUUAAUAGCUACUCAGAGGGUGGCAGAGGUGCAUUCAGGGUGGCCCAUUUUAACAAAUACCAUUUACAGUAAAGCAACACUGGCUAAGAAAACCAUAAUUUCAUAAUUUAUCACAAUAUUACCUUCAUCAGCAUUACAUACAGUAACUUAGAGGACACAUGUAGGUUCAGGGGUGGUUUUGGACAAUACAAUAUUGUGUUGUACCCCUGCUUUGUGUUGUGACCUCUGGUUUCUCUCUAUUGAAACAUUUCACACCAAACCACUCUUUAUGACUUUAUUCACAUCUCAACCACCGAAGUAUGUACAAAAUUAGAAAAAAUUGGUGAAAUUCCCCUUCAAAGAGUAAGAUAACCAUUGUCGAAAGCCAUACGUUGGGGCCUUUUCCGCAACAAAACCUGCACCUGGCUGCUAGAGAUAAAUCUCAUUAUAAAUCCUUGUGAAAAAGGAUGUGAAAGGUAGUUUCAGUGUAAAAAAUGACUGACUGUCUGUUGAAAGGCAGUUUUAUUUCUUUAAAUGAACAGUUCACCAAGAGAUCAAGACUCAUUUCACGCACCCAUUUCAUAAACACAUGCAGGAAAGUAUUAGUAUGCUAAUGCUAGGCUACCUCCACAAUCAGAAAUUAAUUACUUUAGCAUUUCACUUUGCUCAGUAUAGUGCUUGCAAAAAAAUGAUUAGUAGUUUAUUACAAUUCUAGCGACCCACAAGUAAAAGUGGCAUGAUUUUAUUAUGCAAUUUGUGUCUACAUUGAUGUAUGCCUGCGUGUGUGUGGAUGUGUGCGGGUGUAAAACGAAGCAUUUCUAUUCAUUAAGGUUUGAUUUCUGUUUUCUACUGAAUGGUUUGCCAUAUGGCUAAACGACACUGAUGGAUAAUGUUCCAUCUUUUCUGAAGGAAUAAGAAGAAUAUGUAUCAUUGUAAAGGGUAUUGUCUUCAAAGCCUGUUGUCUAAUGUGCUCCUUUGUUUUCUUUUAUCUUUUCUUUGAGUUAAUUAUUUCUUAAUGUUGUACCUUUAUAUGUGGGCCUUUUUUCAAUGUUUCAUGAAGGGCAGUUUAAUGUCUGCCAUUGUGAAAAAGCUGUGAAUAGCCUAAUAAGAUGUUUGUUUAUUUGUUUGUUUUUUGCCCGUAUGCAAUGCCUUUGGAACUCCAUGCUCCGCCCACAAAUGUGUUCUGUUGUGGCAACUGUUGCUAGGUGGGAGAAGCUUGGCAAAAAUCAAAUUCAACCAAAUCAG